GACACGGCCUCCCCUCAAAAUCCAGGGGAAUCUAGGUAUUGGAUAGGUGUAAAACCUAAACACAUAGUGGGGUUAUUCAUGAGAGAUAGAUGCCUCAAAGGGGUUGCACAAAGGUAAUUAGGGAUCGUUCCACUUUUCAUCAUAAUUGACUCGCCUUUCCCAUGGGAUCUAAGUAAAUUAACUACACAUUAUCAUUUUGUAAGGUAACUAUAAUUCAAGGUUUGACAUCUGGUUUGGAUAUUACAUCUGUGAGGAAUAUCCUGGUGAGUUUUGGAUUUAUUGCAUUUUGUGGGGAACUACCUUGGGGGACUUUUGGAUACUUUUUAAACAUUUUCCUCCUAAAUAAUUGGAUCUAUCCUCAAUUUUUACUUGGAAUCGCUUGAAACUGGAAGUAAAUCCCUGUAAUAAAGGAUGUAAUUUUCGUUGAAGAAUCAAUUCAGGUAAUAUAUCAUUACGCCAAGGAUCUCCCAUCUCGGGUUGUCAUUUUUUUUUUCCUCUGGCCCGCACUCGAUGGAUGGACUACUUUUACUAUUUUUGCAUCUGUGGAUAUGACCUGUUCUGGAUUUAAGUUUUGAACAAGUGGAUGGAAGAACGUUAUGUUUGUUACACAUCACAAGAAAGGCAGAUGUAGUGCAUAUGUCCUAGGCUUUCUCAGUCAUUUUAGGGUGAGAUUAACUAUACAUAAGAAGCACUUUUUGGCCCAAAUAUGGAAGCUAUACCAAGAAGACUUUGCAAGAACACAGAGGAUCAAAACAACAACUUUGUGGAGCUAUUCCUGUUUUUGGGUUGAUGGCCAUGAAGACACAUGAAGACCGCAUAGUUGGGAUGUACCCACCUGGAUGUACGCUCCCCAUGUUGGAUGUACUGACGUGGACCCUAGUAUGGAUAGGUAUAGCUGCCAUUCAUGUGGAUUACUCAAGUGUGGAUGUAGCUGUGUAAGGCCUCAGAGCAGUAAAGAGAAGAGCACUCCAAGUAUAUUACAGGGAGCUGAAGACAACCUUUUCAAAGUAACUUGAAACGCUACAACAGAAAGAUGAAGCCUUCCAGUACGUACGCCAGAUAAGAUCCUUGGAUUGUGGAAUUAAGACAUGCCUAUGAGCCCAUGGGGAGUUUAUGUGCUGUGAACAUAGUGUCUGAGUCUACAAAAUUGUGUGACAUUAAACUACUUGAUAUUAUCAGUGGAAUACAUUUUUUUUAUGUAACGUAACUUUUGGGACAUAGUACUUCCUCAUACCACAAGACAAGAUUGAUCCAGUUGGAUGUACUUUCCAUUCGGCACCAACUUACUGUAUAGUCAACAUGGAAUUUCCCGACUUACCCUGACGUUCAUCAUCUUUUUUAAAAAAAAUCCAUAUUUAUUUAUUAUGGUCUUUUGUUCCUAUCGUUUUUUGUUUUUUUUACCACAUGUCCAGAAAUCCAUAAAGAGGUCCAUUUCUGUGAUUGUUUUUUUCUCUUUUUCCAUCCAGUGAAGAGAAUUAAGUAGCCUAACUGUGGAUUAUACAUCAACAAUCUACUGGCCGGGUCCGUCUCAGUAUUUGAAGAUAACGUGCAGUGCGAUUCAAGAGAACCAUUUUUCCUAAUUAGAUAAAUUGAUUUUUCCCCUUGGUUUUUCAUUCGGGCUCUCACAUUCUGAUCCACCUAGAUUUUAUUUGGAUUAGUUUCGGUAACUUCUUUUUGAAAAGUAGCUCAGAAAGCCGUGAACGUGCUUAUGAUCACAGCCCAUAUGGACACCAUGAGCGCAGUGGCACUUUCGACAGACAGCGACACUACAACGCUGAUUAUUAUCGAGAUCGUUCCAUGUUUGCUGCUGCUGGCCCAGGGAGCAGUGCUAUUGGGGGAACCUUUGAGGCAUCAGACCCACAUUUUGACUCUAGAAUUAGAGACCCCUUUACUCUUACUAAUUCUACACGACGUGACUUAUACAGAGAUGACAGAGGACGGCGGGUUGAUAGAACCUACCACCACCGUCGGAGCCGAUCAUCUCAUUCCUCACAGUCAAGACACCCUUCCCCACAACGGACCACAGGACAAACCCCCAAAACUCCUCAUUCCCCUAAAAGAGCUCCUUUGUCGCCUGGGAGAGGUCCACGAUCUCGAUCCCGCAGCAGAUCUUCUAGCUCUGAUUCUGUCAGCAGCACCAGCAGCACGGGAAGUGGCAGCGAUUCAAACAGCAGCUCAAGUGAUGGAUCUCGAGCCCGCUCUGUUCAGUCGUCAGCUACACAUGCCCCCACUCAGUCUUCUAUGGGGCUCGACUCAGAUGAGCCGCGCAGAAGCUUUGGAAUUAAAGUGCAAAACCUACCAGUGCGCUCCACAGACACAAGUUUAAAAGAUGGACUUUUCCACGAAUUUAAGAAACAUGGGAAAGUGACCUCAGUGCAGAUCCAUGGAGCAUCAGAAGACCGUUAUGGUUUGGUGUUCUUUAGACAGCAAGAGGAUCAAGAGAAAGCCCUCACUGUCUCCAAAGGAAAACUGUUCUUUGGCAUGCUUAUUGAAGUCACGGCCUGGAAUGGUCCUGAAACAGAGAGUGAAAAUGAGUUCAGGCCCUUGGAUGGACGGAUAGAUGAGUUCCACCCAAAGGCCACAAGGACACUGUUUAUUGGCAACCUUGAGAAGACCACCAGUUAUCAACAACUCCUUGAUAUUUUUCAACGCUUUGGAGAAAUUGUGGACAUUGACAUCAAGAAAGUAAGUGGAGUUCCCCAGUAUGCAUUUGUGCAGUAUUCUGAUAUUGCCAGUGUCUGCAAGGCCAUUAAGAAGAUGGAUGGAGAGUAUCUGGGGAGCAACAGACUAAAGCUUGGUUUUGGGAAAAGUAUGCCCACGACUUGUGUUUGGCUAGAUGGUUUGGCAACCAGCGUUACAGAGCAAUACCUCACACGGCAUUUCUGCCGCUAUGGACAUGUAGUUAAGGUUGUGUUUGAUAGAUUGAAAGGGAUGGCCCUCAUCUUGUACAACAACACAGAUUUUGCUCAGGCAGCUGUAAGGGAGACCAAAGGUUGGAAGAUUGGUGGCAAUAAAAUAAAGGUAGAUUUUGCGAGUCAAGAGAGUCAGAUGGCAUUCUACCGAUCUAUGCAGGCAUCUGGUCAAGACAUUAGAGACUUCUACGAAAUUCCUCCUGAACGACGAGAGGAACGAAGACCUCCGUACCAUGAAUUUACAGCAGAAAGGGCUUACUAUGAGAACAUAAGAACUCCUGGACUCUAUCCAGAGGAAGCUCGAAGAGACUAUGCUGCCCGCAGCAGAGAGCGUUUUCCUGAACUGGAACACUAUCAAGGGGAUCACUUUGACCCACGUUAUCAUGAAGACCCAAGAGACUACAGGGACUACAGAGACCCAUUUGAGCAGGACAUCCGGAAAUACACCUACAUUCAAAGAGAGCGAGAAAGGGAGAGAGAACGUUUUGAGGCUGACCGCAGCAGGUGGAGCCCAUCCCAUCCAAGGCGACCUGUAACUCCUACGGUAUCGCCUUCACCAUCUGAGCGUGCUCCCAGAGACUCGGAACGUCGGGUUUACAGCCAGUCCUCUGAGCGAAGUGGUAGCGUGAGCUCCAUGUCACCGCCACACUUUGACAAAUCUGAUAAGACCCUGCAGGAACAUGCCUCCAAGAGUGACAAGACCAGCCAACCAGAGCGUGUGGCAGGUGCAGAGAAAGCCAAACGUACAAAAAGAAAGGAGAAAGGUGACAAAGACAAAGCUGAGAAGAUAAAAUCAAGAAAAGCAAAGGGGCAAUCCCCAUCCAACCCACUACCUGAAACGGAGCUUGAGACUGGUUUUGAUGGUGGUUCUGCAAGUAGAAGGGGAUCGGACCAGGAUGCGCAUGAGAGGCAGAAAUGUAAGGUGGAUGGUGAAUCUCUAACUGGAAAUCCGUUGCCGACUGCUCAUCACGACUCUGUAAAAAGUGAAAGAUCUGAAAUGAGUAAAGGUGAGAGUUCAGACUUGGAUGGCAAAAGUCGACCCAAGAAACAUCUAAAGCCUGAUAUUGGGAAUGAUGGAAAAGAUUCAUCAAUGGAUUCAGAUCGCCGUGCUGCAAGAAAAAGGCGUUUUGCUGAUUCUGGUGGAAGGACUAUUCGUCAGAAAAGAAGCAGGCAUGAGGAGGAGGAUACUAUUCCAUCCUCUGACUUUGGUGCUAGUGCCACAUAUUUGAAAGAGUCAGACACUGACAAAAACAAAGAUUCACAACGGAGAGAUUCAAGACUAAAAACUGAUAAACUUGGCAUUCAGAAGGAUGGUCAAGAGGACCUUAGAGGACAAAGGGAGAAGUCGGAUGGAUCUUUAGACCCACUGGAGUCAAAACGACAUCCAGGGCAUAUUUCGUCCCGAAGGUUUUCACAUGAGGGGAUUUCAGACCAAAGCAGUACAAGAGAACAAGAACACCAUGCUGCUUUCAAAUUGAGUACUCAGAAUGCUGACACUGACAAAGGUGUGAAGAGCAAGGAAGACCAUGUUGAUAUUGACCUCUCUCAGAGUUACCGCAAGCAAAUGGAGCAAAAUAGACGAUUGCAUCAGCAGCAACAGCAGCGAGAGUCUGACAAAUCUGACAAUCCAGGAAGUCCUCCAGGAAGUGAAACAGAAGACUUGGAACAUCGCAGUCUCGUUCAUGAAGUUGGCAAACCACCUGAGGAUGUCACCGAUAACUUUCCUUCUCACAAACUAAAGAAACUAGACCAAUUUGAAACUGACUCAGGAAUUAAGAGGGAGCGCGUCUACAGGAGCUUUCGACAAAAAAGUGAAGAUCCUGAAUGGAACAUCUCCUCUCCAGGACAUCAACACUUCCCUCACCAUGCAGAUGAGGACUUUGUGGACCCUUCUCAGAAGGAAUUGAGUAGGAAUGAAGAGAAAAUUCACCCAGAUCUGGAGCUGUUAGUCAAAAGGACACAUAACACACAGGUAAACAAGCCAAACACUCCUUUACUUAGUGUGGAAGAAGAGCAACAAAAGAGAUGGGAGAGCAGAGUUAAACAAGAGUUGUUACCUGACCUGAAUUUUUCUAGAAGUCUAAAUAAAAACCUUCACAAUCGAAAACGUAUGGAAUAUGGUAUUUGGCAUGACUUGGAGCCUGGGGAAGUACGAUCCGACUCCGAGGAGGACAGAGAGCCCAAACCCCAUUCUCCUGUGCCCUCCACAUCUAUGCCUUUUUCUGAGAGGCCAAGGGUUGACAGGUUUUCAGACCCCAAACUAGCACAACUUGAAAGGAACAAAUUCUACUCCUUUGCACUUGAUCAAACCAUCACCCCUGAUACAAAGGCUCUGCUGGAACGUGCAAAAUCUCUCUCAUCUUCAAGAGAAGAUAACUGGUCAUUUUUGGAUUAUGAUUCUCACUUUGCAAGUUUACGCAGCAGAAAGGAUACUGAGAAGGUAGAAUCCGCACCAAGACCUACACCCUCCUGGUACAUGAAAAAGAAAAAGAUUCGAAGUGGAUCUGAAGACAAACUUGACGACAGGAAGGAGGAAGCUAAGCCAGAUGAACCGGAACGCACUGAACUUUUUGCCUCCCGCUUCCUUCACAGUCCCGUCUUUGAGCUGGACUCUAGGCGACUUCAACACUUGAAGAAAUAUGAAGAGCCUGAGCAUACACAAAACCAGCAACCUGGCCAGCAAGGGGCAGUAGACGGUGAACUUGACUCAGGGCCAGUUGUCCUUUUCCAUAGUCGCUUUUUGGAACUCACACGACUGCAACAACAGAAGAAUAAAACUCAUCAGGUGCAAGAGACAAAAGUAGACACCAUCCCCACAGAUGAGAAUAAAGUGGAAAAAGUACCUGUUCAAGAACCACAAGCUUUGCAAUCACCUGAAACAGCAGAACUUAUCAUAGAGCCAGAAAUAAAACCCAUCAGUCCUGCUGAAGAGCUCAUUUCUGUACCCCGACUAACACCCAGUUCUGUCACCCAGUCCUUGGUCAAGGACUUUCCUCCACCAGAAGAGAAAUUUGUUGCUUUAAAUCCAACCCCUGGUCCAUAUACUGCUGUGUCUGGCACUAAGGAAGAUGUUAAAGAAGAGGUCAAAGAAAACGAACCUGUUGUACCCAUGCACCAACCAAUGACAGAGGCUUCAUCUGAUCCCGAACCUGCACCAAUAGUGGCACCUGAGCCCAUUUCAGUGGAUAGAUGUAAACCUUCUCCAUCUGAAGGAAAACUGGAUACAACUGAGGAUGUAAAACCUCUCUGUAUAGAAAAAGCAUCCCGUCGUGAUUCUCAUGAGGAGUUUGUUAGCAUUUCAGAAGCAGAGAUAGAUCCUGAGACAGCACAACCAGAAGUGCCCGAAGCCACUAGUCCCAUACCACUUAGUCUUCUAGAGGACGAGAAAGAGACCCAUUCGGUUUGGAAAGCAAUGGCAGAGCCUGAGGAAGAGAACAAAAUGAUGCCCAUUGAUAAUAACACAAAUGAGGAGCCUGUCCCACUUCAGAAGGAACAUAAAACAAAAGAAAUGAAAAACAAGAAGUGCAAACAAUCCCCUGCUCAAAUUGCUCCAGUACCCGUCAUACCUAACUCUGGUUCUGAGAAACCAGCAACACGCAAAAGUGAACGCAUUGACAAAGAGAAGCUGAAACGUGGAUCAUCCCCAAGAGCUGAAUCAAAGUCCACAGGCAAAUCUCCUAUUCAUGGAUCAGAACCUGAAAUAUCAGAGCCGGGUAUAUCAGCAGGAAGAGCAAGACGAAUAAAUGUUAAAUCUGUAUAUGCGAGUAUGCCAGUUCGUUCUGGUAAAGAAAUUCCAGAGUCUCCACGCUCUGCAAGAAAGCGAGGCACAGACAAAGAUGCAGCACAACAAAAUAUCGAACAGGAUCCACCUGCUCCAACCCCAGCAACUAAACGGGGCCGUCCUCCCAAGAAUCGCAGACAAGGUGACGAGAGUUCAAUAGUUAAAGUAGAAAAAGCAAAAGCGGACAAUAAGGAUACAGAUUCAAAUGAAUCAGAGGGUGGGGAACGAAUUCCACGAGCUUCAAAAGGGAAAACAUCCCCUAGCACAAAGGGUUCAUUGAAUCUGGUGGUCAUAGGAUCUGGAUCAACAAAAAAGGGAGAAAAAACUGAGGUGGCUGAAGAUGAUGAUCAGGACCUGGAUUUAACAGAUGAAGAUUCCUUGGCUUUGCAAGAUUCAUCAAGUUCAUGUAAAGAAGAUCCAUCACUAAAAGUUGACCAAAAGAAAGAAGAAAAAGACAAACAAGGAAGAGAAUUGGGCAGAGAUAAAGAUGUUUUCAAUGAAAAGGCUUGUGAGGGGAAAUCAAAUGGGAAAGAGCCAGAUUCCCCAGUCUUGGAAGAGAAACCCACUUCAGAAAAAGACAAGGUUAUUAGAGGAAAGGCCAAGUUGACAAGGACUCCUAAGUCACCUGUUCUCAAGAACCUCAAAAUCAGACUAAAUGUAACAGAGGUUAAAGAUCUUCUUCAGUUAGGGGAUGAUGAACUUGGGAAUCAAGAAGAUUCUUCAAAGAAGUUAAGAGCUGGUGAACAAAGUGAUCAUGUCUCAAAGUGUACUAACGCCAACAAAGGGGGCUCCAACAAUGAAGAAAAGGAGCUGGAAUUGGAGAAGGCUGUGGAGAACAUUGCCAAACUUACAGAUCCAGCUUUUCCAACAGAACCACCAACGCCACCUGUUCCACAGACAGAAGUAAAAAGUGACCCAGAGGAAGAAAAACCUUCUAAUCCAGCAAGCGAGACAGAACUCAUGGCUGCUAUUGACUCAAUAACUGCUGAGGAUGGAACUGUACCCUUAACGCAAGCACCUACAAGUGCAGACGUAGGUUCAGAACCUGAGAUACAAGACUUGAUUCCACCUGCCAAGGAAGAAGAAUCUGAAACAAAUACACCUGCUAUACAGGAGGAGCGAAUCUUCCCUACCACACCCAAAAGACCCACCAAGGGAAGACCUAAAACACCUAAGCGUUGUUAUAAAGGCCAAAAGCAAGGAAGAAAAGAUUUGAAAGAAGGACCUUCGAUAAGCGAGGAAUUGGCAACUCCUUUAGCAGAUAGCCCACCAUCUGGUGAAAAGACGGUCUCUGCAACAACUCCAUCGGCAACAACUCCAUCGGCAACAACUCCAUCGGCAGCAACUCCAUUGGCAGCAACAGCUGCAGUUAUUACUCCUACAACAUGGAAGCCAGAACCUGAGCCUUUAGCUGUUAAGACUACAGAUGUAAAUGCAGAGUCAGACUUAUCAUCUGAAGAACAUAUUCAACAUCUUAAAUCUGUUAACCCCCAGGGGAAAAGUCCAAUAUGCCCGAAGCCUCAACCGGUGCCACCUGAGUGCACCUCUCCUUCCCCAUCUCCACUAGCUAACAGGCCUAUCAGACCUAUUCAAACAAGUAGAACUCCUGUCUCUCCACCAGAUUGGUGCAACCAGUCUAAAGAUACAGGAGUCUCCUCUUCACCUGUCAUGCCAUUGACAUCCAAGGAAAGCCAGCCGUUACCGUCAGACUCCGAUAACAUGGAAAUUGAUCUUGGCACAAGUGACUUGAGACAGAUACUUAUGAAACACAAAAAUAUCUCAUUGCCAAGCAGUAGUUCUAUUCCCAAUCUACCCACCCUACGAGAUCAGAAUCCCUCUGAAAGUAAUACUCCAUUAGCUGUUGUGCCAAAUAAGUCACCACUACCCACUAGUGGAGUGGCAGCUCAUCCAGUUCCACCUAUUGUUCGUCCUCCAGCCUCACUUCCAUCUCCUGAGACAAAGUCUGUGAUCUCUGUUAUUGCAUCCACUGCAACCUCUGUUAUCAGUCGUGUUUGCAAUCCUCCAGAGCCUGAAGACAAAGUAAAUGCGAAUAUUGGAAAUCCCUGUGUGGAUAUGACUCUACCCAAACCAACCUAUAGGCCCAGCAAAGACGAUACUGGAUCAUACCAUGGGCCAUCUGUUGGUGAUGACGGUGGAAAUGCUGCACGCUUCAUUGUUGAGAGCCCCACUCUUGGUUCAGGAUCUUGCCCAGGUCUAAGAGUUCAUACAUCAGAGGGAGUGGUAGUAUUGAGCCACUCGGGCCAGAAAACAGAGGGACCACAGAGAAUUAGUGCAAAAAUAAGUCAGAUCCCACAAGCAACAGCAGGUGAUAUGGAAUCUCAGCAGUUAGUAUCCAUGCCUCAGAUAAAACAGGAAAUGUAUGGUCAUUCUCAUUUAGCUCUUCAAAAGGGGGCUUCAUUGCAAACAGAUCAUGGGCAUCCUGGUAAAACGCAGUCAACUCUGUCUUCUAUCAAACAAGAAAGCGCUGGUUUAGAAAAGAUGGAAUCUACUUACCAAUCUCAAGGAGUAGUGAAGCGUCUCACUCAGGGUAACCAACAAGUAAUGAGUUACCAUCAAGAGUACAUGCCAAUUAAACAUCCAAAGAAAAUGGACAGUGCUGAUCCUCACAGUACAGAUGGAGCUAAACCAUCUUGGACCUCUGCUAUCAGUCCAGCUAUAAGCCCCCAUUUGCCCUCUCCACCUAGCAACCAUGUAGGUUUUGUUACAGCGGCUGGUGACAGAGCUCCCUCUCACAUUAGUGGGGUCAAACAGGAACCACGAUCCCCUCGCAAGUCAGGUCACCCUCACUCACCGUUUACUAAAGUGUCCUCACCCAUAGGUUCCUCAUCACCAAAGGGGUUACCAGUGAUGUUAACUACUGGCCUUCCAGCCAUGCAGCAGUUUAUUACUGGUGUACAUCAUCCGGAGCAGUCGGUUAUCAUGCCACCUCACAGUGUGCCUGGAGGCUUGGGACGGAUGUCUCCUCACCGUGUUACCCAGUCAAUUCCAGUGGGACAUCUUGUCCAAGGAGAUGUUCGUGUCAAUACUCCACCUCUCUCUGUGAUGAGUUAUGGGAUGCAUAGUGAGUCUCUUGCCUCUCCCUGGUCUGGUCCCAUGCAGUCACGGCCCACCUCACCCCAGGCUGUUGGCAGAGACAAGGUUCUCAAGGUAAACCCUGGUUCUUUGAGGGGUCAUGAAGGGGAACAGGAAGACGCCAGACGCUUCCACCAGGCUGCAGGAAGACAAUCUGUUACACAGUUGAAACCAGAGACUAUGCAGUCAGAUCCUCGUGGGCCAUUGCGGAGUAAUGUCCCAUUAGAAUACAUGGCACAAAGAGAUAUGCGAGUGCUCAUGCACCAACAGGGAGAGCGUUUGGCCACAGACCCUCAUUCUGGGCACAUUCAAGAGACUCUUCCCGCCUCUUCAGCACCUUCCAGCCUACUCUUAUCCUUAUCUCCAAGAGCACAUGUUUUGCCUAAAGGUGUGUCUGAGAAGGAUAUAACAAAGCCGUUAGAGGCAAAGAGGCCACACUCUCCUCUUCCUAAAGAUGGAAUGUUGGGGAUCAGACAACCUGGACCAGCAAUGGCAUCUCCCCAGAGAGUUCAGCUAAUGCCACCAGGACCUAGUGCCUCAUUCCCAGAAUAUCCAGGGAUGUACUCAAACCCAAGAGGCAUCCAUUCUCAAAUGCCAGAGACAUCUUCUGUUGGACUUAACCAGCCACCGCUGAAUGUCACACCAACUAUGGGUGCAGACCUCCAGACAAAACCAGAUGGCAAGAUGACGCAGCCUGUUAAUAUGGUGCAGUUGCUCACGAAAUACCCUAUUGUGUGGCAAGGCCUGCUGGCACUGAAGAAUGACACAGCUGCAGUCCAGUUGCAUUUUGUCUGCGGCAACAAAACUUUGGCUCAUCGAUCACUGCCCCUACAAGAAGGAGGUGCAUUGCUUCGGAUUGUCCAGAGAAUGAGACUAGAGGCUUCACAACUGGAGAGUGUAGCCAGAAGAAUGACAGGGGACAGUGACUUCUGCCUUCUCCUUGCUCUGCCAUGUGGACGAGAUCAAGAUGAUGUCCUAAACCAAACUCAAGCUCUUAAGGCCGCUUUCAUCAACUACUUGCAGACAAAGUUGGCUGCUGGUAUCAUAAAUAUCCCCAACCCAGGUUCAAAUCAGCCUCCCUAUGUGCUCCAGAUUUUCCCACCAUGCGAAUUUUCAGAGAGCCACUUAUCCCAGCUCGCCCCAGACCUUCUCAACAGGAUCUCCAGCAUCUCACCACACCUCAUGAUUGUCAUCACCUCUGUGUAACCUUCACUGCUGGGAAACAUCCCACCAUUGGAUGUUCUUACUGAUGAGCCUCAGGAAACCAGAGGAAUAUGAGAAUUUGUUUUUUUCUCUCUCCUGGACACAAUGGGAAUGUGUAGGAUAUACCCUAUCAACUUUUUUUUUUCGGCCUUUUUUCUUGUCACUCCUGUCUGGUAUUUUUGUCCUUCUCAAAAAAACUCAGGGAUGGACCAAACCAGAAUCAGUCUUAUUUGACCAUUUCUCUGCUGUAUUUCUAUUUAUUGGAGUUUAUUUUUAAUGUUCGGAGAUGCUCUGAAGAAAGAAAAAAAAUCAGGAUGUUUGACGAACAACAAUGAGUGACUAUCUGGGUGGCCUUUUUUCAUCUGUCUUUUAUUGAUUGUCAUAUUCAUUUCUUCACAAGAGUGGAUCAUAGAAGCUGUUGUAUGGCAAUGGCUUAAAAGACAUUUCAUCAUGUAAUUUUAAACAAUUAUGUACAGACUUCCUCGCCCAGCUUUUCUUUUAGAGGAAGAAGAAGUAACUGUAAAACUAUGGAGACCCUGUAGAGGACCACAUUCGUUAAACAGCUCCUUUUAAUUCCACCAGCUCUGCUCAUUUUCUCACAAUACUGAAGCCGUUACACUUCUGGCACCUGCCUUUGCAUUGAACAAGCUACAUUAUGAUUUGGGAGUUUUUGAAUACAGGACUUUGUAAAUAUUUUAAAUAUUUAAACUUUGACAAUGGAACUUGGACAACUUGACAGAGACUUGAACUCUGGGACAAACCAGAACGCAGAAUGUGGACAUUUAGAUGGAUAUCCUUGAUUUUUGGGUGUAAAUACUUGUAACACAAGAAGGUUGGCAAACUCUCCUGUGGAGUCUGCUGCUGGCACUUCAUAUUUUGUAACUCAAAUAAAACAAACUCCAGAAAACUUGAACAUUUAA